AACACAUACAACACCUUGGCCUCACUUUUCGAUCGCUGCGCCCAUCUGUCAUUCCCCUUUCCGCCUGUCCAUCACUGCCUUCACGACUCCCCUCCCUUCUCUUAUUGGCAGGAUCACGCAACUACGUUGGCCACCUUCUUCCCCAAUCCAACGCCGACGCCGACACCGACGCCAUCCCUCCUACCCUCUCCUCCUUCAACCCAUCCCAAACUACACCCUACCAUGGAAUCCUACUCAUGUUGAUUGCCACUUGGACAGCCCAUGUCUACACAGACAGCCCCUCGGGGCCAACGCGGUGGUAGCGCAUCCAGGGCUGGUCGGGCGACCCAAUUCCAAGCCACACGCGGACGAGGUGGCUCCAGAGGCCUGACAACACCAGCGCGAGCCCGUGGUCGGGGAAGAGGGGUGGCUGCCCAGAAUGGCGCAGGAGAUGCCCAUGCCAAUACCCAGGCCUCCGGCGCCGCUGGACUCUUGCAGAAGCUGCGCCAGGGCACUGCUCAACGAUCACCAGCCGACGUUCCCACCACUCCGUCAAGAGGUAGAGGAGCAACCAUCUCCAGAGGUUCUGCGACAACCAUUACAAGAGGCCGCGGCCGUGGUCGCGGUCGUGGUAAUUUGACCCAAGUCUUCAACGAUCCCAGGCCUCAAUCCUCCCCUACGCCCUCACGGACAGCCUCUCCCGCCCCGACCAACUAUCGAGAUCUCAUGAACGCCGCCGAGUCGAGUUUCAAGACGCUGCAAAAACGCCGAGAAGAAGAGCGCGCCCAAGCCAUUCGCGAUGGCUUCCUCUCAGACCCAGAGAAGAAGACCAGUCUUGCCAAUGCCAUCACCCCCGUCGGCACAUGUACCGACAUGUGUCCCAGAUUUGAACGAGUCGAGCGCAUUCAUCAGCAGAUGGUUGACCAGGCAGAAAAGUUUUACGAUGAAGAUUCGGGUCGCUAUCUUCCCUCAGAGGAAAGAAUGGUUAAACGAUUUCGACGCUCUGCCGCCGGCUACGACGAACAGCUCCCCUCUGAUAUUCGUACCCCCGACACGCUGAAACGUACUCUGGAUUAUCUCCUUGACAAACUCAUCGGCGGCGGCCAACGACUAGCAACAGUCCACAAAUUCGUCUGGGAUCGUACGAGGGGCAUCCGCAACGACUUUUCCAUUCAACAAGUCUCCAAGCCGGAACAUGUCAAGCUUGCCGUCGAAUGCUAUGAGCGGAUAGCGAGAUUCCACAUUCUGUCCUUGCAUCAAUUGUCCAACCCCGACAACCUGUACGAGGACGAGAACUUCGACGCGCAUCAAGACCGAGAGCAGCUCAACAAUACUUUGCUGUCACUCUUGUACUACUACGACGACCACCGUGACCGAAUCCAUUUUCCCAAUGAGGCCGAAUUCCGUGCAUACUGCAUCAUCUUUGAGCUUCAGUCCCAGAAUCCGGAUAUCUUGGACCGCGUCCAGCAAUGGCCUGAUGACCUCCUGAACGACCAGAGGAUCAAAGUGGCUUUGCAGCUUUACAACGCUGCAGGCAACACGUUGUUUGUCCAAGGGCCGCUUCAACCCAUGGACACAUUUGCUGUGGCUCAGAACAACAACGGCAGUUUCUGGAGCGUCUUGUCCUCGGAUCGUGUUCCUUAUAUCCUUGCCUGUGUUGCGGAAAUCUACUUUGGCGCCAUCCGGUUUGCUGCACUCGAUGCCCUCUGGCGUUCGGUCAAAAGUGCGCCGCUCGCUCAACAGGCGAGAUCCCGUGACUGGAGCCUCUCUGAGAUCACCAACUACCUUGGAUUCGAUCAUGAAGACGAAGCUCGAGAGUUUUGUUCCGCAUUCGGACUUGACUUUGUCGCCGAUGAUCAUGGUGAAGAAUUCCUGGAUCCCACGGCGUUGAGUGAUCCCGACCUCGACCAAUCAUCCAUCCCCCGCCAACAAGCCUUCUCACACAGUCAUGUCGAAAAGAAACGAUUCCGGCGAUCCCUAACUGCGGUCAUCAAUGGCGUGUCAGUCGCCACGGCAAUUCGAGAUGGCUUGGUCGAGUCGGAUGAGUCGAAGCCUGAUGCUGGCGACUCUCAAGAAGAUGAGAACAGUCUGUUCAUCCCCGAGACCAGGACAUUUGGAACGCCGACAACGACAUCGACAUCGACAUCGACAUUUGCAUCAGCACUCAAUCCGACUGCAGCGACAUUCACCCCGGCAUCGUCCACAUCUUCGACCUUUGGCCAACCUACGAAUUUCAAACCAGCCGGCUUGUCCGUCACUCCUAACACCUCGGCCGCUCCCGACUAUAAACACACGCCUUUUGGCCAAUCCUCUAACAGUCAAAGAGCCUUCGCACCGUUCGGGACCCCUACUACAUCUGCACCCGCCGCAGAGGCCCCCAAAACCGCCCCUGCUGCACCAAUUGCGGCCACACCAUCCUUUGGUGCUUUUGGAUCUUCUGGACAACCGACUGUGACGCCCACACCAUCCUCUUUGCCGCCGUUCGGUUUUGGGCUCCCUGCCUCAGCACAUGGCUCUUCUGGUGGGGUUUCAUUUGGACAGCCUGCUCCUGUACCGUCGCCGGUAGCAGCGACACCAUCACAGCAGCCAUUGCCUACGACGUCGAUAUCCGCUCCCACCGAACCAGCUCCUAAAGUGUGGAACUCAGACAUCAAGUCAAAAUCAGCAGCAGAUUCAUUCAACUGGGGGCAGCCUGCAAAACCAGCUGCUUCACCCGCCACGCCUCUGACCUCACAUGUGUCUUCUUCCAGUGUGCAGUUACCGUCAUCGAUUGCUCCAGCCACUUCACCUUACUCGAACACCAUAACUCCACCUUCUGAGCCUUCUGCAGGCCCUCGAUUUGACUUUGCAAACCCUUCUGCCCAGCCACCACCCGUACAGCAGCCUUCAAUCUCUUCCCCGUCGAUUGGAAUCGGCUCGCAACCACAGUCAAUAACUUUUAGCAAUCCACCCCCACCAACCGACCCAAAACCAAGUCCCGCAUCCGCACCUUCAGAUCUCCAGGGCCCUCCUCUGGAUCCAACCGCCACAACUUCAAGCACGACUAACGUACCUCCACGUGCCCCUUGCACGACGGCCCGACCAUCUGCACCACCUUUUACUUUCCCUUCGUCACCCUCGGGACCCUCUUUGUCACCUCAAAUCAGCAAGUCGGAUCCACUCGGACGAAAGCGUUUGCAUGAAACACCCAACACUCCUAGAGUACCUUCUCCUCUGAGCAGGAGUACAACGCCACCGCAUUCUCCUCCAAGAACUCGUACCGAGCAACCCUUGAAAGCCAAACAAGACGAUCGCCUCCUUAGCGACUUUGCCCGAGUGGCACUCGUUCGUCCCGGUGGUCUCGUGGCGCAGUUCAUUGAGUGGACACUUCCUGAGCUCCUUGAAUCCGUCAUUGAGCAACAUCACCAGGAAGUCUUCCGAACGAGAGUUGUCAGCAUUCGAAGAAAGAUCAUCAUGCGCAAGUUUGCCUAUUUGUGGAGGUCGUUGACCUGGAACAAGUUGCUCAAGCGCACCGCAAACAACCGUCGACAAAAGUUCGCCGAGGUCGUCAAGGCUCAGGAGGACAAGAAAAGAAAAGCCGAGGCCGAGUUGGACGCCAUCAAAGCUGCCGUAGAAGAAACCAGGCGACUACAGAAGAUCCAACGCGACAGGGAAGAGGAUGAGCGUGCAGUAAGGGAGACCCUUCGAAUUCGCAAAGCUCAGCAAGAAGCAAACUCCAGAAUUGUCAAAGUGGCUGGCCAGAAGCGGAAAAGUUUGUCAGACAGUGAUGAAACGGUAGGAGCCGAUCAAGAACAAGUUGUUGGUACAUCAACUCCCGGUCACAAGCGUACCCGCACCAUCAGUACACUGUCUGAUCCUUCAUCGGCCCUGCGAACGUCCCGAUCUUUGAAUGGUCAGGUACAUUCGACUCCAGUCUUUGUCGGCAGUCCGUCGAGACCCGAGAGAAGUUACAUUCAUCCUUCCGGGCCUGGUCGAUCUACGAGCUCGCAUCAACUGCUCCAAUCUCAAGUCGGAAACCUCGACUCCAGCCAGCGUGGAAGAAAGGUGGACACAACAAAGACAGAUUACUUCCGACUCAAGGCUCUUGGCCUGGACCCGGAAACGCCUCUGGUUCCUCUGACAGAGAAGCAACUUGAGACCAGAAAGAAACGAGAAGCCGAGGAGAAGCAAGCCAUUUUAGAUCGAAUCAUGCGAAGAAGAUAUACGGGUCGGGAGUUUAACAGAGCACCAUCGCCUCCCGCGUCAACUAAUCCUGAGCCGCCCAUGGGCACGAUUGAAGCGUAUCAUGGCCGAGCAACCGAACCUCAUUCGACUAUAUUUGACCGUUCUUCUGAAACCACACCAAGCACCGGCGGCGACCUUGAAAUUGAUGAACUUAUCCAACAAUCAAGAAAGCAGCGCGAGGCCUUGGCAAAAGAUACAGACUGGCUCAAAGAAUCCAGAGAAGUGCUUGAACAACAGUUUUCACAGGCUGUCAAAGUUGCCAACCUUCAUCCAGAAUCAAAGCCUACCCAGUCAUUGAGGAUAGACAGCGUCGUUCCCUCACCCAGCGGCAAAGGCCUGGCUCGUGUCAACGGGUUCGAUUACUUGCCAGCGAAGAACAACUUUGGGCAGUCUCUUUCGAGGACCGAGCAACGUAUUAGAGCCACUGGUGCGCAUGGAUUGGCCAAUAAACCUCUACGACCUCAUCGAGACUAUGUCACUGUCGGCGUAGCAAUGUCCAAACGAAGUGCAUCCAGCAUCUACCGCCCUGAAUUGUCGAGUCAGCAAGUGAGCAGCCCGUCUAGGAAGAGGUCGCUUGAUGACAUGGAGUCAAGAAAUCAUUUUGAAGAGAGUGUACGGACAACCAAGCGGACGAGAUCGACACCAGAGAAGGAGAUCAGGAAGAAAGAGAAGGCCCAACCUCACCACGGCCCAGUCAAGAAAAGUCCUUACGCUGUACUUGAGCCAGCUGAAGAUAGUGAGGAUGAAGAUGAUGACGGCCCGGCAGAAGACCUACGCGGGGUGAAAUCCAAUGGACAACAGGUCGAAUAUUACGCCGAAGACGACUACGGUGAAGAGGAAGAGGAAGAGGAGGAACUAGAAGAGGAACUAGACGAAGACGAGGAACCAAUCGAGAAAUUCGACGAUGGAGAAGGGGAAGGAUCAGAUGAGGAUGAAGACGAAGAUGACAAUCGAAGAAAACCAUCAUAUGGCCAAGAAGCAUACUUCGUGGACGAGGAUGAAGAAGAACUCGAGGAAGACUAUGAGCUCGAGGAAGAGGAAGGCGAGGGAGAAGGAGAAGGAGAAGGAGAAGGAGAAGAAGACGAAGACGAAGAAGAAUACUAUGAUGAUGACGACGAUGACGCCCUUGAUGAGGACGACCCGGCCCAAAACAUUCGAGGCUUUGGCAAACAUCACGCUCAUCUGGCUAGUGAAGACUUUGCACACGGUAGCCGCUCGGCUAGCAGUGGACCCGGUGCAACUGAGGACGAUGCACUGGUUCUUAGUGACAGUGACUAAGAGCGAGACAAGGAUUCGAUCAAUCAAUGAUCAAUCAAGAUGCAUUCAAGGACAACCAAACACCAAUCAAUGAGUUGGAUCAGGAUCAGGAUCAGGAUCAGGAAGGGAAAGCUAUAAUCGAAUUAUGCAUGAUCGAUCGAUCAAUCAAUCAAUCAAUCAAUCAAUGAACUGUGGAGUCAUGAUUACUUGCUAUAGACAGCUGAUCUGACCGAAUCUGAGUCUUUGAAACAUUUGUAAAAAUCACAAUAUUACAAGGUACUAGGUAUCAUGGAUACUACUACAAUACUGG